AUGAUCUCUCCGCGGCCAACACCGGAGCCACCUCCCCGCCGGGACGGAGGCCAAGGCCCUUCCCCUGCCCCGCGGUGCCCCCGCACAGGCCGCUGGCAGCGGGACGCCGAGGAGCGGGCGGCCGGCGCACCUGUGGGUGCAGGGAGCGCGGCAGAGCCCCGCGAUGGCCGCGUCGGGUGCUGUGAAACACCUCUAAUCGCAGUUCUUCCAGGUCUUGACGUCCCGCAGCCUCAGGGGGUGGUAAAAGCUUCGCCGCCAACAGGCGCUCCGGGAGAGGCUGAAAUUCCGAGUUUUGGGAGGAAGGCGAGCGGUCCCACCCUCCUGAGUAGCGAUAGCUCGGGAGGCAGCGGCGCCUUCCUCUACGCGCCCUGCCGUGCGGGACAGCGAGGCGUACAGGACCCGGCUCCUCCUGCCAAAGGGAGAAUUAAGCCAUGUAGAACAGGCAGUUUUCUGGAAGUUUUGACAAAACCAGGGACAGGGAAAGAAAAGAGUUUUAAAGCUCUUUCCAAACACUUUUUUCUCCGAGCCCCACCAUUCUACUCAGCAUGCUGCGGUGGGUCCUGUCAGCACCCUGCAUCCCCCACUGCUUUUCCAAGGGAGGAAAGUGUGCUGCCGCUUCUGACCCAGGAGUCUAACUCCAAAUCCCGGAGAGGCAUAUUAAGAAGAGCUGUCUUUUCUGAAGACCAGAGGAAGGCUUUGGAGAAAAUGUUCCAGAAGCAGAAGUAUAUUAGUAAAACAGACAGGAAGAAACUGGCCCUUAACCUGGGUCUAAAGGAGUCUCAGGUGAAAAUUUGGUUUCAGAAUCGAAGGAUGAAAUGGCGAAACUCCAAAGAAAAAGAAGUGCUUUCUAACAGGUGCCUCCAAGAAGAAGGUCUUCAGGAGAACUACCUCUCACGGUCCACCAUGAAUUUUACCUCCCCAUGCACAUCUGUGUGGGAAAUGUCUGAAGAGCGGGCAAGUCCAAGGUGGAGGGAGAAUUCUCCAGGAAAUUCUGAAAGACUGACUACUACACAACCAUCUCCAAGAGCAAAUUCAUUGCAGAGCCCACUCUAUUUGUAUCCUGACCAAGACACUGCAAACAAGGCAUCGUCAAGUGUAAGGGAGUAGGGGCAGUUUCUAAAUGGAGUGGGAGAGUGCAGGCUUCAAAUGAGCAGUCUUUUAAGAUUAACAGUAUUUGAACAUUGUAAAGCUAACUAGUUUAUUCUUCAAAAAUAUGCUAAAAUCUAACACCAUUAAAAUUACAAACAACUAAUGACUUAAGAAGUAUUCUUCACUAUUCAAUCUUUUCUUGUGUCUUUUCCAGUCUUGCACUGACCUUAAAAGUAAAAUAUGAACUGAUGGUAAGUAGAAUGAAGUGAAGAACAUGAAGCGGCAUUUUGCUCUGAUUUAUACAUCUGCACUGUAUGUGAUACUCGUUAAAAACACACUAAUAGAGAAUCACUUUCAUCUCUCAUUGUAGUCAGACCAAUUCAUUUCUUCUGUGCAUGAGAUAAGAAGAACUCUGUUUCUCUCAAGACAGUAAGUGGUUUUGGGUUAUUUUAGAAAUUCAUUAAAUAACACAUAGAUUCAUAUGGACAACUAUAAGCAUUUUUGGUGUGUUUUCUCCAUCUGUCCUCAUCAAUGUCAGCACUCAGUUAGCUUUAAAUAGUAUUGUCACAGGUCAACUGAAAACCUUGGUAAAGUAUGCAAUAUUAAAAGGCGACCAACCUACUCUAGAAAAUAUUCCAUGUUUAAGUAACUCUGAUGAGAAUGUGUACUGGAAGGUGCAAUUCACUGACUUCUGUCUUUUUGCCCAUGCAUGAAUCUACUAGCAUUCUUAAUUCUGAAUUGCAGUGUCUUUUUUUUGGCUGUUGGUAGAAUCUUUUGUAUUUCAAAACCAUAAUUGGCAGUGUGUAGAAUUGUAGCCAAAAUGCACUAAGCAACAGACUGGAAAAAUUGCUACCAGUUGAGAAAAUUACUUAUGGAGAUGACUUACCACAGUAACAUUAUUCCUGACUUACUGCUGUUUAAACUGGUGCCAGUAAGGACACAUUAGCAUGUAUCUGUAUCAAAGACAGGACAGUAUUCCGUGUAAUGCAAGUAGCCUCGAGUAUUAUUAAAGCUACUUAAACUUAUUGCUUGCUUAAUCCAGUUUAAGGAGAUCAGUCUAUGAAUUUAGGUGUAUCUUUCUUUGUUUUAUUUGCAAAUCUUUAUAGCUCAAAAUGAGAGCAUAACAUUCAUUUUCUUUUUCAUUUAUGGAUGCCUUUGUUGAGAAGAGAGACUAAAGAUACUUCAUGCUACAGGCAAAACCUUUUGGAAAACAUUAUGGUUUUGUAGGGACUAUUUUCUUUCUGGUAUUCAUACAUUUUAUAGGGGAAAGAUUAUGAUAAUCUAGUCUGGUUUUUCUUAUCAUAUAUGCCUG